CCACAUAGUAUUUUUUCAUCAUAUUACACUCUUUAAAUAUGUUUCUUUUAAAGAGAAACUGAUGUUAUUACUUUAACCCUUUUUACCUCAGUUGACUGCUGGUUAAUACCAGUAGUGCCUCUUCUGUUACUUUAUAGUGUGCAGCACUUAACUUUAAAAUAUGCUAAAUUGAACUCCAGUGUGAUCACUUGUGGUGAUUUAGACUGGGUUUGUUUGUCCCUUAAGUCUCAACACUUUCGUAAUUUUCUGCUAUUGGGAUUUAGCGCACACACACACACACACACACACAAGGCUGAAUUAUCCAGAAGGUGUGUCACUGGUAAUAGCUGCAGUAUCCUUGUUGUGCAGAAAGGAAAAGAAAAGAUUUUGUCAUCAUGACUUUUGAAAUCUUUCCAGUAAAAACCUAAAUAAGUAAUGAGACAUAAAGUAAUCUAUAAUUUUUAUUACCUGUACAAGCAAACCUGUGUCCUGAGCCCUGCUGUUCAUGCAGUCGCUUUUCAUAAUAGAGGCGAGUAACUAGUUACAACAGACAUACAACAGUGGUGUCUCCUGAAGAUGCAUUAGGGGUUAACCUGCACGUGGACACAGGGGUGCUGAUAUUAGCUCACUGGUCUUUGCUUAAAAUUUUCAAACUGGAGAGACAUAGUGACUCUUUACUUUAUAUUGUAGUUGAAGUUUUUUCUCACUUGUAGAACACAAUCAUGGGUGGAAAAGCAGUUCUGAAAUCCAAAACUCACAUCUGGUGAAAAAAAAUCAUUGAAUUAGUGCAAUUAAAUGACCAUAUUUUCAGACCUCUGUAACUAUAAUAUUUCAUUUUCUUUAUGGGUCAGCAGAUAACAGAACACAAUACUAGAAGCAAACAUUAAAAAGUUGCAACGUAUAAGUAAUCAGUGUACAUGUUGCCCAUCAGAGUAGGUUGAUAACCCCGUAUGUUAAAUCUGUUUAAUUGUCAGCUUGCUGACUUUGCAAAUUAGAAAGCAAGUACUUACGCACAUAUAAAGCACAAGUAUAUUAAACUUCAACAAUUUGAUCAAUUAACAACUGACAAUUCAAAGCAAGACUAUGUAACUUUUGAAAGAGGAAAUAACACAUUCUCACUCUUCCUCUUAACUGAAUUAAGCAAUAAUCACUGCCUUGCUCAGUUGUCUUUUUUACACUCUCUCGCUUUUGCUGCUACAACCUUACUUGGUCUGGUGUGACCAGUAGCUCAUAGCUAAUGUUAGCAAACAUUAACAGUUGUUAACAGUCAGUUCACUGACUCUAUUACUCUUGUCUACUUGUAAUAUUGUUACACUAUGUUUUACCAUUAUCCUGUAAUUGUCACCUUUGGCAACAGUGAACGCUGUUCGACCAAAGUUACAUAGUCUCUUUGCUUUAAGUAAUCAGUUAUUCAGUUGUUAUUCAUCAAAAUAUCUGCAGUUAACGUUUUUGAAAUGCCAGUACAUGUUAAUCUGAGACAUAUUACAUUUCUAGUUAAGUAACCUCAUGAUACUCCCUUCAAGCAGAUAUGGCCUCCACUCAAGCAUCACCCAGUAAGACCUGCUCACUGGAGAACCAUCUAAUUUGCUCCAUCUGCAUAGAUCCAUUUACGGAUCCUGUCACUACAGCUUGUGGCCACUCCUUUUGUAAAAAAUGUCUGGACCGCAACUUUAGGGUCAAUGACACAAUGUGCCCCCUAUGCAAGCAGCAUCAGAGCAAAACCCCAGAUGUGAACAUCAUCUUGAGAAACAUUGUUGAACAGGUGAAAAAGACCCAGGAGAAAGAUGAUGAUGAGUACACAGGGGAGCCUGGUGAAGUGGCCUGUGACAUUUGCACAGAGCGAAAGCUGAAGGCUAAGAAGUCCUGCCUUGUGUGUCUUGCCUCGUAUUGUUCGCCCCAUCUGGAGAAUCAUUCUUCAACUAAAAGGUUGAAGGGCCACAAGUUGGUGGAACCUGUGGAGAACUUGGAUGAGAGGGCCUGUCUGCAGCAUGGACGCCCCUUGGAGCUGUACAGCAGGAAGAAGGAGAAAUGCAUUUGUGUAUGUUGUAUGGAAGAAGGUCAGGAGGAGAUUGUUUCUACUGAAGAUGAAUGGAACAAGAAGAAGGCUAAGCUUGAAAACACCAAGACAGAGUUACAACAGAAAAUUAAGAAGAGGAAAACACGUUUGGAUGAGAUUAAUACAUCUCUAAAGAGCUGCAAGGACCAGAUUGAUAAUGAGUGGUGGGAUAUUGAGAAUGUGUUCGCAGCUGUGAUUGCCAUUGUGGAGGUUGCCCAGGCAACAGCUCUUCAGCCACUAAAGGACAGGAGGCAGGUUGUGGAGAAAGAGGCAAAAAACCUCAUAGAUGAGCUGGAAGCAGAGAUCGACAGACUGGAGAAGACCAUCUCUGAGCUAGACGAUAUAUCUAUGCUUGAGGAUCACAUCUUUUUCCUGCAGAGUUACCCAUCUCUUCAAGACCCGGACAACUUCAAAGACUGGACAGAGAUAGAGCUUGACACAUUGCUAUCUUUUGGCACCAUGAGAAAAACCAUAACUACCAUGUUGGAAGAAAUUCAACAGGAACUGGAGAAGCUGACCUCCACUGAACUUCAGAGAGUUCUAAAGUUUACAGUGGAUGUAAAGCUGGAUCCAGCCACCGCGCACCAACGCCUUGUUCUUUCUGAUGAUGGGAAGGAAGUGAAAGAUGGAGGAGAGGGUCAGGAAGUAGACGAUGCUCCGGAGAGGUUUAAUCUGUUUGCAAGCAUCCUGGGGAUCAACAGGUUGACCUCUGGGAAGUCAUACUGGCAGGUGGAGGUCGGCAACAAGACGGGGUGGGACCUGGGUGUGGCAAGAUGCGAUGCAAACCGCAAAGGAAAACUCUCGCUGAACCCAGACAACGGUUACUGGGUCACUGUACAUUAUGAAGAUGAAAAGUACGCAGCCAUGACAGCACCACCAAUUCGUCUUUCCCUGAAAGAGAAACCUGAGAAGGUGGGAGUGUUCGUGGACUACGAGGAAGGGCUUGUGUCCUUCUAUGAUGUGACGGCUCAAUCUCACAUCUAUACAUUUAUUGAGUGUUCGUUCAAUGACGUGCUCUUCCCAUAUUUCAGUCCACAUGCAAAACAAGAUGAGAAAAACACUGAUCCUUUGAUUAUUUCUUCUGUGAAACACUGUGAGCAGGACAUCGACAUCAUGGAUAUGUCCGAAGAAUGUGAGAGUUUUCUAGGAGAGGGGGUAGCAGGGGUAGUCCAACCAAAGGCAGUGGUGUAACUAAAUACACCACAAAACAAUGAGUGCAUUUAUUGAUUAUAUUACUUAACUGUAUAAUGUCAUUGUAUUUUAGGUAUGCUGUGGAGUUUCUGACCGCUAGUACUGUUAUGGAGAAAUAUUUUUACAAGCACAUGCAUGAGGACGCACAUAUUUGCAUGAGAAUUUUGGUGGGGGGAUACACACUUCUGCCAUUGGCUUCACACUACUGAUGUAUAGGUGACAGUGACAUGCCAAGAAACAGCAGCAAUGCACCAGCAAAGACAGAGAAGAAGAAGACUGCUAGCUAGCAAACAUGGAUGUAACCAAUCCAGGUUUUUAAAUUUUCAAAAAAAUUGUCUGAAAAUUUAACACAUUUGCUAGGCCUCAAGGACACAAAAUACACAGUUUGGUGAGUAAUACAAUGUAAACAAUAAACUUUGGUUACAAGAAAACUCCACAGGACACAUUAAAGUGUAGUUUUGCUGUAUCUAAAUUUCAUCUACUGAGAAGUCAAACAUUUGCUUUAACAGAUUAAUUUGAACUGUGACUAUUUAGCUUUUUUUUAAAAAUAUGAAUGAUGAGUUGUACAGAUUUAAAGAACAGUAAACCUCAGAAACUACAAUAAUUGCUAAACUCCAGGAAAUUUGAAAAACUCAACUUGAUCCGGGUAUGGCCAAUAGCUCACUGAGAAUAUACUGUAUGAAUGUAAUUUAUGCCUGGGUGGAUGAUAUAAUAAAAUUUAAGGAUAAUGUGACUUUACAUGCUGUACACUAUUUCAGUGUUGAAAUGUUUAAGAGUUUAUAUUUUUUCCUUUUAUGAAAAUGUCAAACCCCAAACACUGUACUUAAAACAAUAAAGUGAAUUUUGGAGUAAAAAUAA